AUGAAUUUAAAUUUAAAUUUCGAAGAUUAUGAAUCUGCUCUUCAUGCGAUAGAAACAAAGAGUUUGAAAAUGGGGGUUUCUGAUCCGUUAGAUCCUUAAAUGAGCUAAGUAUUAAAAAUAAGCAUUUAUGCAGAUUUUUUAUCUAUAUGGAUUAAUUGAAUUUAAAAAGAUUGAGAAUACAUUACCAUUUUAAGAUGUGACUUAAGAAUUUAAGAAAAUUGAUGAAUUUUUAACAGUGGCUGCAGAGAUAUGUGAGGAUGAUAAUUUAUUGACUAAAAUAUAUUCGUUAAUUGGAGAUCUGUAUUUUUUGUAAAAUUUUUAAAGAUAUUUAGAGUUGAUUUAAAUGACAUAGCAGAAUUGAGUUAUUUAGAGGCAAUAAAAAUAAGUCGAGAUCCAAUUUAGAAAAUAUAGUUAUAUAUAGAAAUCUUACAAUUAAGAAUUGUGUUUACAAAAUAGGAGGGAACACCUGAUAUAUUCUAAAGGGCUAAAUAGUUAGCUUUUGAUAAUAAUUCUAAUUUAUUAGAUACAAUUUUUAGGUUGGAAGAAGAAUACGUUGUAUCAAUAUAGGAUAGUUAAUAUAAUUAUAAAUAAGAAAAGAAUUAAGAUGAGAAAAGAUUAAGAACAAGUCAAAAAUAUUAACAAAUAAGAAACUUGGGUAUGUUUGGGAGUUAUAAGAAGAGCAAUUUUUAAGAAGAAUUAAUGAAUUGA